AUGCUUACAUCCAUUCCAUGUUCCAGGACGGGAGCAGUGCAGGUUGGCUCAGACUUUGUCAGUUUGGCUGGUGUUGGUAACCUCACGAAGCUGGACGUCGGUCCCGUCCCGUACUUGCCUUAUAGAUGUCAUGGUUCCACCGAUCUCCGGCUGAUAGAUGUCUUAACAUUAUCCGGACCCCAGCGUUAUGGAAGCCGUCUCUGCGUAGCCUCUGGCGAUGGAACCGAGAGCCAGGCUCAAUUUGUCAACCGUGAGCCUGUAGACUUUGAACGACCCAUGCGUUCUUCAGGGUCGGUCGGGGGUAAAGAUUAUUGUUCCGAUAUCCGUUCACAGUCAGAAGGCGCCGUUACAGGAAGAAGCAGUUCGCCUGCUCUCCCCAACGUUAAGAAUACCGAAAACUUUACGAGUAUGGAUGACAAGGACAGAGGCCAUCUGAGAAUCUAA